AUGGCCGGAGUUUGUUUACUGGCUUUCAUUGCUGGUUCCCUGCUGGAGGUGUACGGACUGCCCGCUGUAAUCCCAGAAGGUAACGCAGGAGCUGUGUUUGUGUCUCAGCAGGCGGCAGACACGGUGCUGCGUCGCCACCGCAGGUUCAACAGCCCUUUUGAAGAAGUAUUUCAAAAGGCCAACCUGGAGCGGGAGUGUAUGGAGGAAACCUGCACGAUGGAGGAGGCCAGGGAGGUGUUUGAGGAUAUCGAACAAACUUUGGUAUUCUGGGCAAACUACAUCGAUGGUGACCAGUGUAAGCCUUACCCCUGCCAAAAUGGAGGUGUGUGUGCAGACGGAAUCAACACGUAUGUCUGCUGGUGCAAACCAAACUUCGACGGCAAGAACUGUGAGAUUGUGGUGACCAAGCAAUGUUUGGUCGACAACGGUGGAUGUUCUCAUUUCUGUUUUAUGAGGGAGGAUAGACCGGUGUGUAAGUGUGCAGCUGGUUACAAACUCGGGCCGGGCAAGAGGACCUGUGAACCAACAGAACAAUUCAGCUGUGGUCGUAUGAACAUGUCUUCCACCCCCGUCAACAGUUCCACCCUAACCCUCACCCCGCGGUCAUCAAACACUACACACCGGUCUGAAAGAAAACACAAUUCCAGCGACACCAUGGAGGAUGAGUUUAAUAUCGACGAUAUAAUAGAUCAAUAUGAUUACUACAACCCGCAUAUAAAUGACUCAGACCCGUCCAACAUCUCCUCAAGCUCCUCUGUAAAUCCAGCGGAGGUUGUCAGGAAGAGCAGGGAGGCGAGAAGUGUCCCUGUAACGGAGAAAGAGCUGCCUUCCUGGGCUUUCUUCCCCACACUCCCCACCAUCACAGAAGAAAAGAACAGUGACCAGAGGAUUGUGGGAGGCAAUGAGGCCAUUCCUGGAGAGAUACCUUGGCAGGUGUCCCUAAUGUCUCACUCAGUCAGCCUUCAAAGAGCGAUUCCUUUUUGUGGAGGAUCUCUUCUCAAUGAAGUAUGGGUCAUCACCGCUGCCCAUUGUCUGUUGCCGGCUAAGAUCUCUAAAAAUGGUUUCUUCGUCAGAGUGGGUGAACAUGAUGUGAACAAGGAGGAGGGUCCAGAGCGAGACCAUGAGGUUGCAGAGCAGUAUGUCCACACCAGUUACAAUGACAAGAAUUCACUGUUUAACCAUGAUAUUGCACUACUGAAGCUUGCCAAUCCAGUGGAACUGUCCAUCCAACGGCGUCCCAUCUGCAUCGGCCCCAGAGACUUCAUUGAGAACCUAAUGAGGGAGACCAGCCGCUCUCUGGUGAGCGGCUGGGGACAGGUUAGGUUCCAAGGCAGCCAGGCCAGCAAGCUUCAGAAGCUGGAGGUCCCCUACGUGGACCGCACCAUGUGUAAGGCGAGCAGCCGGGACCACGUCACACCGUAUAUGUUCUGUGCUGGCUACCGAAAUGGACAGAUGGAUUCAUGCCAGGGGGACAGUGGGGGGCCGCAUGCAACCUUUUACAAAGGCACUUGGUUCCUGACAGGCAUCGUCAGCUGGGGGGAGAAGUGUGCCAUGGACGGGAAAUAUGGCGUCUACACUCGACUCUCACGGUACUACAAGUGGAUCAGUAAGAAAACAGGAAUUGAAAUGAACUGA